CCAGUGUUUUUCUGGAGGAAGAGCAAUAAAGUUCGUGGCCACAGAGGUGCUGGUGGGAUGGAUGCGGUUCUGGAUCUGAGCUCUAAUCACAAUUGCAGCAGCUGUACCCAGAGGACCAGUGCUGGAUCCCCACUCUGGGGAAGGCAAUGGCUGUGCACCCUGGAGCUCAUGUUCACUGGGGAUCUGCAGGUAGAGCCGGAGGUGUACUCAAAGCUCUCUACCCUCAAAGUGGAUCUCUGGCAAGAGGCAAGAACAGGUUUUAAGAAAAGAAGUGAGAUAGGAAGAAGGACUAACACAGAUGACUUUUCCAACUCCAAGACCGGCAUUGCUCUCUUCCCAACUUUUGUUCAUUCAGCUGCACCAGUAGCCAUUCCACUUUGGUGAAUGGAUUGAACAUCAAAUACCACACAUGCUAAGCCAUGUCAUGUGUCUGGAAGACAGAAUAUGGAUUUCAUGUAUUUCUACUUUCUUCUUAAACAAG